AUAUAUAAUAUAGCAGGAACUGUAAACUUCAUUCUAAACUUGACAAAAAGGCAAAUCGUCCUAAGCAUUCGUAGAAUUAGUAGAUCGUGAGACUAAACAUAACGACUUCACACCUAAUCUGAUCGUAGACCGACCACUAAAAUUGGAUCUGCGGGAACAAAUCAUUUACAACGACGCACGCGAAUCAUAUUUAGACCGUCGUAACGUUUAUCUGUCUACGUAUUGGAAGAUAUCAACUUGCUGGUCAAAGCUGAUGAAUACACUCAAUCUUCAUAAAACGACAAAAACGAAUUGGAUAUAAAUGGCGCUGGAGUUUUUGUGCAGGGACUAUUAUAACAACUACCACCGACCGACUUCAAAUAUUAUUAUCGUUCUCAUCAUCGUCAACUAUUGUGGAAUGUUUCCUGUAGCUCAAUCUUCAUGGCUGUUUUUCAGCAAAUUCCAAGGGCUUCCUCAUACAAUAGGCCCAAGAAUAUGUGAUCAAAUGUCUUUAGUUCCAAAGCAAAAAGAAAUGUGUCUGGAUGACCCUAAAGUGAUGGUGAGUGUCGGAGAAGGAGCUUUUAAUGGAAUUGCAGAAUGUCAAUAUCAGUUUCGUACAGAGAGAUGGAAUUGUUCAACAAUUGAAAAAGGACAAACCGUUUUCGGGAAAGUCAUAAAUCCUGGUGAGGUUAAAAGAGUCGUUGAAGGUAGUCGGGAGGCAUCGUUCGUUCAUGCUAUCACGGCAGCAGGAGUAAUGUAUUCGGUAACAAGAGCCUGCAGCAGAGGUGAUAUCAAUUCUUGUUCUUGUGAUCGAAGAAAACGUGGAGAUGAUGAAGACAGAGAAGGAAAAUUUACUUGGGGAGGCUGCAGCGAUGACAUCGGAAACGGCACUUACUUUGUUCGAGAGUUCGUAGAUGCAAGUGAAAUUAAUGUUCACGAUGCAAGAGCAGAGAUGAACCUUCAUAAUAAUAGAGCUGGGCGACGAGCUGUGAAAAAAUUCGUGAAGCGUCAAUGUAAAUGCCACGGAAAGACUGGCUCGUGUUAUUUACGAACAUGCUGGGAAGCAAUGGGUGAAUUCAGGCUUACUGGAGACUAUUUGAAAGCGAAGUACAAUAAUGCCGUUCGGGUCACAGUGACACAUAAUGGACCGAAUACAGCAGUGGAGACAGGAGGCGAACUAGUAUCUGCUGAUAAGCUCAAUCCGCCUUCAAAGAAUGAUCUCGUUUAUUUAGAGAAUUCUCCUAGUUAUUGCACAAGAAACGCAAAAAUAGGUACUUAUGGGACUGGUGGUAGGGAGUGUAAUGCAACAUCGACUGGCAACGAUGGGUGUGACAAACUCUGUUGCGGAAGAGGGUAUACGACUAAAAAAGUAACGAGAAUCGAAGACUGUAUGUGCGAAUUUCAUUGGUGCUGUGAAGUAAAAUGCCAGAAAUGCAAUCAGACGAUCGAUAUCCACACUUGCAAAGAAGAAGAUGAAUUUGACAUCUCACACGUGGAUGCAAUACCUUCAACAACAUCACCAUCAACAACCACAGUAUCUACAACAAAAGCAAAGCGCAGAAAGGGGAAGGGACGAAAAGGAAAAAGACGAAAAGGAUCAAAAAGAAAAAGAGGGAAGGGGCGCAGAAAGGGUAAUAAAUCGAAAAAACGUGACAAAAGAGACGUCAAAAACUUUUAUAAAACAGACAAUUAUCGUACGCGAUUUUUUUCACGAGCAAAACAAGACACAGGUUCUCAGAAUCACAGAAUUGUAUCAGAACGAGGCGGCACUGUUUUAAGAUGAUGGCUUCUGUAAAAUGCACAUUGAAAUGGUUUUAACAAUUUUGAUUGCAUAUGCUUGAGAGGCAAGGCGACGAAGAUGAAAUACUCGUACCAUGACAGAUGGAUAAAAUUAUAGAUUGCGUGCUUGAACGGAUUGCAAAUAGAUUUUUCUUUAAAAAUUGAGAUUUUUUGUGAAGCCAACCACAUUGCGACACAAUCUACUGCCAUUUGGGUGUUACGAAGAUAGUAUCAUUAGCAGGACAUUUAAGAACAUUUUUACUUUCGAUGUCCGAUUCAACGUAACAUAUCGCCUGACCUGCCGAAAAAAAAUGCGUGAAAUAUGAAUGCUUCCAUAACGUGGCAAAUAAAUGAGAUCAUACUUAUUUCUCGUAAAUAAUAUUUCAUUACAUUUAAUACGAUUUAUAUACAAUUGAGAAAAUUUACAAUUUAAGCCCAAUUAUUAGGAUGAAGAACGCCGCUUAUCAUCACAUUAUGCAAAGAAUGCUUGCGUUAUAUUACUCUUAAUCGGAUGCGUUUGAAAUGUUCGCUGCCCAGGGCUUUCGCAAUAGCUGGGUGAAUUCUGAUCGCAAAAGUUUAUUAAGUAUUUUUUUUUCAACUAGUGUUGUAGACAAAUUAAAUACUAAUUUUGAAUAAGAGUCAAAAUUUUAGCUCCAUACCUAGUUUACUGACAGUGCGCAUUGAGAAUUUGAAUAAACAUACAGUCGUUAAAGACUGCAUUUAGUGGAAAACAGGACAUGGAUUUCUGCUUGAUAAUAUGAUUUUUUUUUCCUUCUCUUGCGCUAUUUUAGAGUAGAAUUUCAUUAUUUACUAACCAAAGUUCAAACGUCACAAAACUUUUAAUAUAAUGCACUGUCUUUUUGUUUCUUGUUUUUGUUUGUUUAUUACGGUUCCUUUCACAAAUUGUAGUUCUAUCCUAAAUGUAUUAUAAGUUAGAUUAGCAAGUGACGAAAAUAUGACUGCUGAGCUAACAUAUUUUAAACUUUGAUUAUAUCGUACUAUAGUAAAACGUUAGAUUAGUUUGAACUCAAACGGAUAGCGCUUGAAUGCCGUGCUUCGCAUAUUUUUAAUUAAGACUCAAUGUUCAUGAAAUGUAAAUUGUGCUAUUACAUCACACGGCUUAAUAUGAUCGUUUGAUGUAACAGUACAUUUAUGUUACAAGCUACGGCUCUCAAAAUCUUUGUUUAAAUCUUGAAAAGCUAGUUCCUUCCGAUGAACACAUGUUUUAUUAGAAUCAUCAUUCAUUUGCUUUUUCUUUUCAGUGAUAAUAUCUUUACUUUGCUUUUAUUAAUCUUGUUUUUAUAUUUGUUUAUUUAUUAUGAUUGAUUAU